AUGUCCAAGGAAGAUACUGGAGCAUCAGCACCAAAGAAGCCUGAGACGGCACAAGUAGCUAACGUUAAUGGGAUAGAUAAGUUACAACCUCCGAAAACGAAAGAGGAAACUGAAGCCAGUACUAGUGUUUCAUCCCAAAAGGCAUCGCAUGCCGGUGAUGAAAGCUUCAAGAGAAGCAUCCAUGAAGCUUCAUAUGUGGGUUGGAAACAAAUUGGUGGUUGGGAAGACAAAGACGAAUUGACCUUGGAUGAUGAAUUGAUGGAUAUGAGUAGAGAAACACUCUUAAAUAAUAUCAUACCCGACAGUCUUUACGGUGACUGGUAUCAUUCCGUAGCCAUUUUCUUUAUUGGAGGCGUGGUAUCAUUUGCACUUGGUCACUAUAAAUUUUCUAUGGGCUCAGCCUUUUUUGUCAUCGUUAUCACUUCAUUGUUGUAUAGAACAUCGGCUAAAAAGUACAGAGGUUCAAUAAGAGAAUUGGUUCAAAAGGAAUUUACAGUGCAAAAGGUGGAGAAUGACUACGAAUCUUUAGAAUGGCUAAAUACAUUUUUGGACAAAUACUGGCCCAUUUUAGAACCAUCCGUAAGUCAAUUGAUUGUUCAACAGGCCAAUGAACAAAUGGCUACCAAUGAGGCAAUUCCUCAAUUUAUCACUGAACUAUGGAUUGAUGAGCUGACACUUGGUGUUAAGCCUCCAAGGAUUGAUCUGGUGAAGACGUUCCAAAACACUGCUUCUGACGUUGUUGUGAUGGACUGGGGUAUCUCUUUUACCCCUCAUGAUUUAUGCGAUAUGAGUGCCAAACAGGUUAGAAACUACGUCAAUGAAUUAGCUGUUGUUAAGGCUAAAAUUUUUGGCAUUACCAUUCCCGUUUCCGUGUCGGACAUCGCCUUCAAAGCACAUGCUAGAGUUAAAUUCAAGUUAAUGACUCCUUUCCCCCAUGUUGAAACUGUUAACAUCCAACUAUUGAAAGUUCCCGAUUUUGAUUUUGUUGCUUCCUUAUUUGGACGUUCGAUUUUCAAUUGGGAAAUUUUAGCUAUCCCAGGUCUUAUGACAUUGAUACAAAAGAUGGCCAAAAAAUACAUGGGCCCAAUCUUACUACCUCCAUUUUCUUUACAGUUGAAUAUCCCACAGCUCCUCUCUGGUUCCAACCUGUCAAUUGGCAUCUUGGAAAUUACCAUAAAAAAUGCUAAGGGAUUAAAACGUACCUCCUCAGUAUUGAACGAAUCAAUUGAUCCAUAUUUGUCCUUUGAAUUUAACGAUGUAUCCAUUGCAAAGACAAGGACCGUAAGAGAUACUCUGAACCCCGUUUGGGACGAGACUUUAUACGUUUUAUUGAACUCUUUCACCGACCCAUUAACAAUUAGUGUCUAUGAUAAGCGUGCGAAGUUAAAGGAUAAAGUGCUCGGUAGAAUUCAAUACAACCUGAAUCUCCUACAUGAUAAUUCUACGCAAAGGAACCUGAAAGCUGAGUUUUUAAGAAAUUCUAAACCAGUCGGUGAAUUGACUUUUGAUUUAAGAUACUUCCCAACUUUGGAAGAAAAGAAGUUACCGGAUGGAUCUGUAGAAGAGCUACCCGACCUGAAUACUGGUAUUGCUAAAAUUGUGGUUGAAGAAGGAUCUCGUUUUGCUGAAGAAGAAAAGAAAAUUACUGCCUAUGUUGAAGUUUAUCUGAAUGCUAAAUUGGUGUUAACCACUGGUACGGCAACCGACACUGGCACUUUAAAAUGGAAUUCGGACUAUGAAGCAGUUAUUGCAGAUCGUCGCAAAACGAGGUAUAAGUUCGUCGUCAAGGAUAGCAAAGGGGAAGAAAUUGGAUCUACCAUUCAGACUUUAAACGAUUUAAUAGAUAGAAGCCAAGUGGAUAAGAAAUUGAUCCCAUUGAAAAACCAGAAAGGUGAUAUUAAAAUCACCACAUAUUGGAGACCUGUUAGACUGGAGAUAGGUUCCAACUCAGUUGCUUACACACCACCAAUUGGUGCUAUCAGAGUCUUCAUUGAAAAGGCAAACGAUUUGAGAAAUUUGGAAAAGUUUGGUACUAUCGAUCCAUAUUGUAAAGUCUUGGUUAACGGAUUAUCGAAAGGUAGAACAGACUUUAAGAAUCAAACUUUGAAUCCAAUUUGGAAUCAAGUUAUUUAUGUUGCUGUCACUUCACCAAACCAGAAAAUUACGCUUCAAUGUAUGGAUGUGGAAACCGUCAACAAGGAUCGUUCAGUUGGUGAAUUCAACAUCAACGUUCAAGAUUUAUUCAAGAAGGAUGAGAAUGACAAAUACCAGGAGACAAUCGAUGAAGAAGCUAAAGUUGGUCGUUUAAUAAUGCCCAAGAAAAAACCCAAGGGAACCGUUACGUACUAUACUUCCUUUUAUCCGGCACUGCCUGUUUUAACACUGGAAGAAAUCCAAGAUUUAGAUAAAGUUAACAAAAAGAAGGCAUUGUUAGAAUCACGUAAAUUAGCCAUAGAUGAAAAAAAAAUCUCUAAAGAAGAUAAAGCCAAAUUCGAACAAGAAUGGAAUGAAGUCAAAGAGCUGGAAGACAUGUACAGUAAUAGACAGAAGUUGGACUUGCCAGAGCUAUUGCGAUACAAUCAAGGUGUUCUUGCUGUCACUGUCCUUGACGGGGAAUUGCCCGACUCUGGGCUAUACGUUCAAGCGUUUUUUGAUGGUAAUGGUCACCCGAGAUUCGUUAGUCCACGCAUCCCAUCCAGGAUUGUCAAAAACGGUUGGUCUGGCGACGUAAUAAUAAAAGAAUUAGACAAAUCCACUACUAUUUUUAGAGUUGCUAAGAAUAAAAAUUAUAACAAAAUGGAGAAAUGCGUUUGUGAAGUAGAACUGCCUACGUUAGAGUUAGUUAAGAAUUGUUAUUAUAAGCCAUCAAUUUUACAUCUUUCAGGUGAAGGUAGUGCUAAACUAAUGCUUCAAAUAUCGUGGUUUCCUAUCGACACUAAACAAUUGCCAGAAAAUGACUUGAUCACGAAUUCAGGUGACUUGACAAUUAUGUCAAGAAGUGCAGAAAACUUGAUAGCAUCUGAUUUAAAUGGUUAUUCCGAUCCGUACUUGAAGUAUUACAUCAACAAUGAGGAAGACUGUGCUUACAAGACAAAGGUUGUCAAAAGAUCUUUGAAUCCUAAGUGGAAUGAUGAAGGCACCGUUCAAAUCAACAAUCGUUUGAAUGACAUACUAAGAAUAAAAGUCAUGGACUGGGAUUCUACAAGUGCGGACGAUACUAUUGGGACAGCAGAGAUCCCAUUGGAAAAAGUCAAGGUUGAAGGAAUUACCGAGUUAGAUGUGCCAGUCGAAGGAUUAGAAAAUGCCGGUCAAGAUGGUGGCGUGUUACAUCUAGCAUUCAGCUUCAAGCCAAGGUACACAGUAAGCGUGAGUAAAAGAGAAAAGAAAGUCGGAGAUAUAGCAUCUAAGGGACUGGGUACUGGUUUGAGAGCUGGUACGUCUGUGAUAGGUGGCGGUGUUGGUGCCAUAGGUAAGAUCAAGAAAGGGGUGUUCGGUGGAUUGGGCAGUCUCACAAACCAUAAGAAAACCCACGAAAUGGGCGGAGAAGAAACCAAACUUUAA